AUGGGCGAUUUUGGCGAGUGGUAUCGGUCAAUACCACUAAUUACUAGAUAUUGGUUUACUGGGGCAACAUUAUGGAGACCGAUAACUGCACUAUUUUAUUACCCAGUUACUCCACAAACAGGAUUUCAUUGGCUUUUGAUGUGUUAUUUUCUUUACAAUUACUCAAAAGAUACGGAAACUUCUGUUUAUGAUGGAAGGCCUGCAGACUAUUUAUUUAUGUUAAUAUUUAAUUGGAUUUGCUGUGUGAUAAUCUGUUUUGUCUCUGAAAUUUAUUUUUUAUUGGAACCAAUGGUUUUGAGUGUACUCUAUGUUUGGUGUCAAUUUAAUAAAGACCGAACAGUUUCUUUUUGGUUUGGAAUGCAAUUUAAGGCUGUUUAUUUGCCUUGGGUUCUUGUAGCUUUUAAUAUGGUUCUUAGAGGGGGAGGAAUUAAUGAACUUAUUGGAAUUCUUGUUGGUCAUACUUAUUACUUUCUUGCCUUUCAAUAUGCUUUGGAUUAUGGGGGUUCUGUGAUUAUUAAGACACCACAAUUUUUGUGA